AUGGCGGCCUCGCUCAACCGCGUGGGCUACGUCUCCCUCCACCUGCCCCACGGGCAGGCCUGGGCGCAGGAGCUGGCCGCCGCCUUUCGCUUCCAGCCCUUCGCCGUGCGGGAGACACCGCGCGUGCGGCAGCUGGCCCUGCGCCGCGGCGCCGCCGUCUUCGUGGUCAACGAGCGCCUGGCGCCCGGCUCCGCUGGCGACUUCCUCUACGACGUGGACCCGCAGCCGGCCUUGGGCACGGCCUCCAACAUCUGCUUCGAGGUGGACGACGUCCCCGGGCUCUGCGAGCAGCUGCGCAGACGGGGGUGCUCCCUCAGGGUGCCCCCCACUGAAGUGGGGGACGAUGGCGGCUCUGUCACCUACGGCGUGGCGAGCUCCGUCGUGGGCAACAUCAGCCAUACCCUGCUGGAUCGGUCGCGCUACCGGGGACCCUUCCUGCCCGGCUUCCAGGCCGUCCCAGGAGCCCCGCCAGCUGGUGGGGACGGGGUUAAAAUCACCCACUUCGAUCACAUCACGUGUGUCUGCUCCCGGGGCAGAGCCAGGGCAGCUCUGGACUGGUACCAGCGGUGCUUCGGUUUCCAGCGCUUCCAGCUGAACCCGCGGGAGAGCGUGUCCGAGGGGUACACCAUCAGCGGGCAGGGGGUCGGCAUGCUCCUCCUGGCACUGAAGAGCGCCAAGGGCACCCCGGCCCUGCCCUCCCACAGCUGCAAACUCAUCCUCGCCGAGUCCCUCUCGGAGGACGGCGCAAACCAAGUCGACACCUUCCUGGAGCAGCACCGGGGGGCCGGGAUCCAGCACGUGGGCCUCUACACCCCGGACAUCGUCAACACGACCAGAGCCUUGAAGCAGGCCGGCGUGCAGUUCUUCAUGCCCCCUGCCACCUACUACAACCAGGAGGACAAAAAGGAUGAGAUGCGGGGGGCCGGGGAAGACCCCCGUGUGCUGGCAGAGCUGGGCAUCCUGCUGGAUGCCGCAGUGCCCAGGGAUGGUGAGAAGGGCUGUCUGGCUGCUGACGCCUCCGAGCCUGCUUUUCAGAAGAAAUAUCUGAUGCAGAUCUUCACUCGCCCCAUCUUCCCCCAGGAGACCUUCUUCCUGGAGCUCAUUGAGCGGCGGGGCGCCCCGGGCUUUGGAGAAGCCAACAUACGGGCGCUGUGGAAAGCUGUGCAGCUCCACAUGGCCCAGCAGCAGCACCUCCAGCAGCCUCCUCCCGUCCCCGCGGGGCCUGGGACGCCACCGCAGGCACCCGCACGCAGCUGCGGCACAGCCGAGGGCGGCAGGGACUUUGGGGAGUCCCCACUCCAAACCAAAGUAAAGCUGGGGUCAGGCUGA